AUGGGAGAUGCACUUGUUUCAGCCCUUGUGAGCGAGGUAGUGCGGACAUUAACUGCUGCAGCUAUGGAAGAGUUUGCUCUAUUCCGUGGGUUCAAGGGCGAUAUUUUGGCUCUCAAGGAAGAUUUCGAGCAGAUCCAAGCUGUUCUUGAAGAUGCAGAAGAGAAACAAGUCAAGGAAAAGGCUGUAGAGUUAUGGCUUCGACGUCUCAGAUCUGCAUCCUUGAAGGUUGAAGAUGUGCUGGACGAGGUCAAAACCGAAGCUUUGCUACAACGUCUACACAAAGAAAUAAACAUCGAAAGAGGCAUCAAAUACAAGGUAAGAGCCUUAAUCUCCAAAUUUAAGUUUCGUGUUAGGGCUGCUCAUAAAGUUAAAGCCAUAAGAACAAAACUGGAUGAUCUUGCAUCUAAGAGACUUAAGUUUAAUUUGACCUCUAGUGACACAAGUCAUGUAGAUGUGGGAGUUGAAGGUGAGAUGCCUAAUAGGGAAACUAGCUCGCUUAUACUUGAUUCUUCAAAGAUCUUAGGACGAAAUGAAGAGGUGGAGAUGGUAAUUAGAACGAUAUGCAACAAAGAUAUAGGAAAAUAUGAGAAUGGUGAGAUUCGGGUGUAUGGUAUAUGGGGCAUGGGAGGUCUGGGAAAGACUACUCUAGCUCAGUUAGUCUAUAACCAUAAGAGGGUUGACCAAUAUUUCGACUUAAGAUGUUGGGUGUAUGUCUCUGAAAACUUCCAAGUUAAAGAGAUAAUAAAAGGAAUCAUCACAUCCAUAGAUAAAUGUGAGUGUACACUUACACACCUGGAUGUGUUGCAAGAGUCCCUUCAAAGCAAGUUAAGGGAAAAGAAAUUUCUUAUUGUACUAGAUGACGUUUGGGCUGAAGAGAAUGAAAAGGCCAAGUGGGAAGGAUUGAGUGGAACAUUAAGUUGUGGGGCCGAAGGAAGUAUUGUUGUGAUGACAACACGGUCGGAGAGAACUAGUAGAAUGAUGGCAAAGGUUGACGAGCUACAACAUGAACUGGGAUGUUUAUCAGAAGAGGACUCAUGGUUAUUAUUCAAGAAGCAUGCGUUUGCACAAGGAAGAGUGGGGGAUGACAUACGUAAGCUAGAGCCUAUUGGAAGGGAAAUAGUUGUGAAAUGUAAAGGACUGCCUUUGGCAGUGAAGACUUUGGGUAGCUUAAUGUGGUCAAAAAGUAGUAGCAACGAUUGGCAACGUGUGAAAGACCAUAACAUAUGGAACUUGCAGGAAAACAACGUCUUGCCUGCUUUGAAGUUAAGUUAUGAUAACUUGGUUCCUCAUUUAAAGAGAUGUUUUUCUUAUUUUUGUCUGUUUCCUAAAGGCUAUAAACUAGGAAAGGAUGAGCUAAUUUCGUUGUGGGUGGCGAACGGUUUCAUUCCGCCUAGAGGAGAAACAGACUUGUAUGUGAUUGGAGAAGAAAGUUUUAAUUGUUUGGUUUGGAAAUCCCUCUUCCAGGUGGAUGAUUAUGAUACAUGUAAAAUUCAUGAUCUAGUGCAUGACAUGGCACAACAUGUGAUGAGACAUGAUUGUUUAGUUAUAGAGCCUACUUGUAAGGAGGUUAGAAUCCCAAAUGAGGUGCUCCAUCUAAGCUUGUCAUGUUCAGGUGAAAAGUUUAUUUUAUCAUCUGAUGAUUUGGGAAAGCUAACAUCAUUAAGGUCGAUGUUCAUGUUCGGGGAUGGGGAUGAACAUUUUAUUAGUCAAGUUUUCAACCACGUGUAUCUAAGGGUAUUAUAUUUUGAUCUUAGAAGGUUAGAGACAUUACCUGAAUCAAUUUGCAAACUCAAGCAUCUGAGAUACUUGAAUUUAUCAAAUUCAGAUAUAGAAGUGUUACCCGAGUCGAUUAUGUAUCUCCAAAACUUGCAAGUUUUGAUUUUAAGUUAUUGUAUCGAGCUGUGUAAGUUGCCCGAAUCAGUUUGCAAACUCAAGUAUCUGAAAUACUUGAACUUGUUUAGCUCAGGUAUAGAAGUUUUACCUGAAGGCCUAAAAGAGAUGAUUAAUCUUCAACGUUUGGACAUCAAUGAUUGUGAUUCUCUCCAACAUUUGCCGUUUGGAAUCGAGAAACUAACAAGUCUUCGAAUGCUUCCACGGUUUCCUGUUGGCAAGGAGAGAGGGGCCAAAAUAAGCGAAUUGGGGGAUAUAAAUCUACUUGAGGGGAGGUUGGAGAUAGAAGGACUUGAAAAUGUUGGAGGUUUAAGUGAAGCCAAGAGUGCCAAUCUCAAAUGCAAAAAGAAUUUGUCGAUUUUGGUGUUAAAGUGGUCGGAAUGUGAUUCGGACGAGAGUGAUACAGAAGAAUUAUAUACACGAGAAAUGUUUCCAUACAUCGAAGAGGUUCUUGAGGGAUUAGAGCCAAAUCCGUCUUUAGAGAUAUUGAAAAUGUAUAAUUACAUGGGAAAGACCAUUUCUCCAAGUUGGAUGGACAAUUUAAGGAAUUUGGUUGAAAUCCUUUUCUACAACUGUGAGAACUGUGAGCAUAUUUCACCACUUGGGAGACUUCCCAAUCUUAAGGUUAUUGACAUCUCUUUCAUGCAUUCUUUGAAGUGUUUCCAUGACGACGACAUAAACAAGACAGGAGACAACACGAAUAUGUUUCUUUGUUUACAAAGAUUGCAAAUCAUGUGGAGUCCGAAUUUGGUUUCCUUGCCAAGUAACCUUCCAAAACUUGAGUUUUUAGAAUUAAAGAAUUGUGGCGGAUUAACUACUUUACCACGUAACCUUCCAAAGCUCGAGGCUUUAGAAUUAGAAAGUUGUGAGGGACUAAGUUCUUUACCAUGUAACCUUCCAAGCAUCAGAAAGUUGAAAUUGUUAUUUUGUGAUGGGUUACUUUCUCUACCGGAUGAGAUUCAGAGUUUCAAGGAUCUAAACAAACUUGAGAUAAGACGUUGUAAACAUCUAAGUAAAAGGUGUAAAAGAGAGAAGGGUGAAGAUUGGCAUAGAAUUUCUCACAUUCCUGAUAUCAAUAUUGAUCCUCCAAUGCAAUAUUAA